AUGGCCCGCACCGCCACCGCCGCCGUCCCCCGCGCCCCCGGACUCCUCCGGGCCGCGCUGCUGCUCCUGCUCCUGGUCGCCGCCUGCCGGGGCGCUGCAGGGGCGCCCGUGGCCAGUGAACUUCGCUGCCAGUGCUUGCAGACCUCGGAGCGAAUUCCCUUCAAGCAGAUCCAGAGUGUGGAGGUGACCACCCCAGGAGCCCACUGCGCCCAAACCGAAGUCAUAGCCACGUUCAAGAAUGGGCAGAAAGCUUGCCUCAACCCCGAAGCCCCCAUGGUGAAGAAAAUGAUCGAAAAGAUGCUAAACAAGGGUAGUUCCAACUAACCAGAGGAAGCAGGAAGCUGAUGGGUGGCCAUACCUGAAGCAGGCCGUGCCAUAUGGAAAUCAAAGAGGGAAAAGAGGAAUCAUCAGCUCCCAAAGCCACCUGGAUUGGGCUUCGUGUGUUUGAG